AUGGACGUUCCACGGUACAAGUAUGAGCCUUUGCAACUUGCCAAUGAGAUUCGCGUGCUCAAGUUAGGAAAGAAUCGAACAAGGAUCGAAGUCUGUAUUCUCCAUGUGCCUGUGGCAAGCCGUGCUUUCCGUGCACUUUCUUAUGUGUGGGGAAACCCACAGGAAGCAGGCAGGGCGACAAUUACCGAGGGAAAUGGACAAGCACUUGGAUGGAUCCCCUUGACCAAAAAUCUUGACAACGCCAUGCGCAACCUCCGCGACACCGAAGGGCUCGAAAACGAGUGUUUUUGGAUCGACCAGAUCUGCAUCAACCAGCAAGAUGAAGAAGAGAAGGGCCAGCAAGUUGCAAUGAUGAGCCAUAUCUACACUGAGUCAAGACAAGUCAUCACAUAUCUUGGACCAGCUGGGAUCGAAGAGGAGGAGCUGCGAGGGAUCCGUUUGCUCAAGAGAAUCCACGAGUACAUUCCGGAUGAGACCUGGCAGCAAAUGUACAAAGUAGGAAAUGCCGAAAUAUGGGAAAGGUACAUGAGGCAAGGCUGGAAUUGGCUUAUACAGGUUGCGUAUGGUGAAUGGACUCAGCGAUUAUGGAUCGUACAAGAGCAGUUGCUAAACAAGAAUGUUAUAAUGCUUCGGGGGGACCGCCUGAUAGACUGGAACGCUAUUGCCACACUGCCUAUCCUAUUUGGCUUUGGCCACCUUCCACAGCAAUAUCGCGAUACAGCUAGGAGAAUGCUUGGUGGGAAUGCAGUGCCUGCGGUCGAAGUCGAAAGAUCUAUAUACGGCCUCUGGUGGGACAGGCAGGCCCGACUCCAGACUGAGACUGUGUAUACCUGGUCUCCGCUAUGCCACAACUUACAAUGGUACCAGUCGCUUCUGUGUCGAGAUCCUCGAGACCGCGUGUACGCCAUUCUUGCCAUUUCCAAGGACUCUGCAGCCCUCAGUCUCAACCCAGAUUACUCUUCUAUGAAUACUCCGGAUACCCUUUCCAGGCAUUUAUCCGUGCGCGUGCUUCAGAAUGGACACAAUCUAGAGCUCUUGAGUUUUAGUCUUUCAUGGCGCCAACCGCAUUCAACACUUCCCUCCUGGUGUCUGAACCUUGAUAUCGCCUUCGACGCCAACUCCCCGGCGAAUGUUCCCGUUGAAGUAUAUAAACCGCACCCUAUAUGGCAGCUCAAGGAAUCUGUACGCUUUCGUUCGAAUGACUCGGUCCUUAUAGUCAGAGGACGGAUCAUAGAUAACAUCUCGACAAAAAAUUACAGUACAGUUCGGAUUCAUGAGACUACAAAUAUCUCAUCGCAAAAUGGCUUUUUACGCAGCCUCGUGUCUACCGUACCUGAUAACUUUCACAUGGAGGAUAUCUCCCGCAUACUGGAUACAACCACCGCGAGAGCACCUUGGUCCCCACAACCUACGGCUCAGGCCACGAAAGAUGAGGUGAUAGCUUUCUACUUCUGGGUCUAUCUGAGAUACCUGUUGCGUCUGCUGGUGGAAGAAACUGGUUCUAUUUUGCCCACAUCUGACGACAUCAUCGAACGCUGCGAUCGUAUCCUGCAGAGGCUUAAGGUUUUGGCCCCCCGUAACCCAUAUCCAGAAUGCGAAAUCACCGCUGAGAUCACCGAAUCGGAGUUUAUGGCUCUUGAAAAAGUCUUGAUAUAUUCGUUGGAAGAGGGGCGUUGUCUUGGUCGCACUGCCACACAACGCUUCUUCAAUGCUACUCACAGCGUGCAGGAGGGUGAUCCGAUCGUGGCUUUGCAAGGUUCCGACCAACUCUAUGUCAUUCGUCUUGUCGGUGGAACCUACAAGCUGAUUACCGAUGUAUUCGUCGAUGGGAUGAUGAAUGGCGAAGCAUAUGAGAACGUCCAUCCGGACAUGGUCGAUUGUGAUAUCGCAUUAGCUUGA